GUGCUCCACACCAGCGCCAAUUCCCCUUCUGCCGUCUUUCCAAUAAAAAUGGCGCGAGUGGAACAUUAUCCAGUGAAGGCAGGGUGUUUUUUUUUUUUUAAUCAACCUUUUAAUCAAUAUCUGAUUGGUCUUCCUGUUCAUCGCGAACAACGGCCUUUUAUUUAUGCGACCUUAAACAUUAGCUCGCACAAUGGGUCAUUUUGCUUGAUUAGAAAGGCGGUCCGAGGAAGAAGGGAACCGUGUGUAAUUGGGAUGGUGCGUGUGCGCCUCACUCAGGGGGUCCAAAAGCAGGGAUGAGGACUGGGAUCAGGGCUUCCCUCUUACCUGGUGUCAUAGAUGGCGAACAACUUCUUGUUUCCGUCAACAGCAUUCCUGAAAGAAGAGCUCUCAACAACAUGACUUGGCUUGUACUUUCCCUCCUGCUCCUGCUCGGAUGCCAAGAUAGUCUUUGCCAGCAGUCGUCGGAAGCUCAGAAAGAGGAGGACACCAACGAGGACAGCACGGUUUUCACCAGGAUCCUGGACAGCCUCCUGGACGGCUACGACAACAGGCUCCGCCCGGGACUCGGAGAGAAUGUGACGGAAAUCAAGACGAACAUCUUUGUCACCAGCUUCGGUCCCGUGUCCGACACAGAGAUGGAAUACACCAUAGACGUGUUCUUUCGUCAAAGCUGGAAGGACGAGCGUCUCUGCUUCAAAGGCCCCAUGGAGAUGCUCCCAUUAAACAACCUGCUGGCCAGCAACAUCUGGACUCCUGAUACCUUCUUCCUCAACGGCAAGAAGUCCAUCGCUCACAACAUGACCACACCCAACAAGCUGCUGAGACUGAAGGACGACGGAACCUUGCUCUACACAAUGAGGUUGACCAUCUCAGCAGAAUGCCCCAUGCAACUGGAGGACUUUCCCAUGGACGCCCACGCCUGCCCGCUCAAGUUUGGCAGCUAUGCCUAUCCAGUAUCAGAGGUGGUCUACACAUGGACUCAAGGAGCUGCUAAGUCUGUCGUGGUGGCAGAAGACGGUUCCAGGCUCAACCAGUACCAUCUUAUUGGACAAACAGCUGACACAGAGGACAUACGCACCAGCAGAGGACAAUACACUGUGAUGAUGGCACACUUCUAUCUGAAGAGGAAGAUCGGAUAUUUUGUCAUCCAGACGUACAUGCCAUGUUUCAUGACCGUAAUCCUGUCCCAGGUGUCGUUUUGGCUCAACAGAGAGUCUGUUCCCGCGCGGACCGUGUUUGGGGUGACUACGGUGCUGACUAUGACCACACUCAGCAUCAGCGCCAGAAACUCGCUUCCGAAAGUAGCCUACGCAACAGCCAUGGACUGGUUCAUUGCUGUCUGCUACGCUUUCGUCUUUUCAGCUCUUAUCGAGUUUGCCACAGUGAACUACUUCACCAAAAGGAGCUGGGCCUGGGAUGGCAAGAAAGCUCUGGAAGCACAGCACCCUAAGAAACGAGACCCAAUGGUGCUCUCAAAAAAGGCCAACAACGUUUGCUCAGCAGGCGUCAACUACACCCCCAAUCUCACCAAGGACGUGUCCAUCUCCACCAUCUCCAAUACGACGUCGGUGCAGCUGCGGGGCUCAGAGAGCAAACUGGUGGACCCCAAAAAGACGUACAACAGCGUCAGCAAGAUCGACAAGAUGUCGCGAAUAGUGUUCCCCGUCCUCUUCGGAACCUUCAACCUCGUCUACUGGGCCACGUACCUGAACAGAGAACCGAUGGUGAAAGGAGUCGUCGCUUCCACAUAAUCGCUUUUUUUUGUUUGUUUGUUUGUUUGUUUGUUUUUGUGCGGGGUUUAUUCUUUCCGAAACUGAAUUUGUGUAAAAGUAGAAAGGGUUUGAUCCCAAUCAACCUCUGCUUUAGAAAAAGAAAAUUGAAAAAGCAAAUAUCUGCGCUUGAAGAACAAAGAAACACCUAUCUAAUUCAGGCAAUCUGAAUAGCUGCAAGAGGUUGCCUUUCCUUUUCUUGAGGCCUAAAAAACUCUGCUUGGUAAUGAAGAAACUGCUUUAAAGAAACAGGAGAGCGGCGGCUUUGCUUCCUUCUCGUCUAUCCUGCUGCAGUUUGCAUGACAUUCUCUUUAACUGGAAACUGUGGACUCCUUUGUCUUAAAUACUGAUAUGUCAUCUCUUAAAGUGCAGAGGCUCACUUAGUUUGGAUUAGAAAGCUGAUUUGAAGAGUAAGCAAUGCUGCGAGUAUAUUAGUUUAGCUUUUUUUUUUUUGCCAUUCAUGUGAUGUUAUGUUCCAUUGUACUGCUUCAAAACCUUUAGGCUCAAGCCUAGAAUCCCAAAAGUGAGAAAAACUCAUUAGGAAACCCGAGAGUUAAAUACAAGUCCUCAAUAUUUACAUAAAAUCUUAGUAAAGCUACAUAUAGAACAAGAGUAUCUGCACAUCUUUUGCCUAAAAGGUGAAAACAUAGCCAUGAGUGACGUGUUAGCACACUUCUGGGACUGGGUAUAUGUGAUUUAAAUUAAAUUUUAAACCCUGCUAACUCAGCCGUGAAACUAAUAUACACAGCUGAGAAGCCAGUUACCUGAAAAGCAGCGUGUCACAUACAAAUCAGCGGAGUGAUGUGGAGCGUUCCAAGACUGUGAUUCUGUGAAGUGACCUGGAUUCAAGAAGUCUUUUAAGCAUCCUUGAGCAAAACACUGUGGCGCUAAAAGCUCCAGGAGGUUUUACUUUCAGUUUGACUGCAGCUAAAAAUAACAGCCGACUCUUCACCGUUGUACAAGUAGAUCAUCAAGUAGGACAAAUUUGGGUUUGACUUUUAAUUAAUUGUGCAUUUGUAAACCCUAAUCUGCCCUGACAAACCAGUGUAAAAUGUUUCAAGAGUUACAGCAGGAGAGAACUGUAAACAGACAAAAUAGCCUUUAAAUAUCUCAAGAGUUUUUAGGUCAAGCUUUAUGAAUGUGACCUCUUACUUUAUUUUUACACAUCUAUCUCCCAUUAUAGAGUUGUCAGUCUCUGGGUUGGUUUUACAAACAACUUGCAUCUAAAAAACAAUUUUUUAAAUAUUUUUCAGUCACCUCUUAAGCAAUGUAAAAAUAAAUUGGUUCAAAUGGCCUAAAACUAAGUGGCUGUGCAUCGUUUCAGAGGGAAAUUAGAAAAAGCUUAAGUGCAUUUCAAGGACAUUGAGUCAUACCAGGUGCUUUGUCUUAUUCUGACUACAGUUAUUCAUUUUUGCCUCUGUUACAACUACUUAAAUAUAUUGAAAGGCAAUUCAUCAAAAUUAGCUCAACACAAUCUUUAGUGUUUGUUUUGUUUCAGUGGAGUAAUGAACCCAAUGUGAUUACUCUUCUAACGUAAAACAGGCCUCUUUACUAGCUAACUAGAUAUUAAGCUUCUCAGCUCAGCUGCUAAAUCGUAGAUAAAAUCAGUUUUUAAAGACGUUCUCUGUGCCUGACGAUGUACAAAUCAAAUAUAUAUUUUUUAUUUCUCAUCCUUUAACAUGUGCGAGUAAAACAUAACACCGUAGCUACGUUCCUCCAUUUCUGUUUUCUGUCACAGAUCUCAGUCUGCUGAAAGCAAGCUCCUCAAAACUGAUUGUGUUUUCUCUGUAUGCUCUUCCUUUUCUAGCAACAUAAUGAAUGUAUUUAAAAUUGACCAUUUUUAUUCAAUAGGUUAUAUAAAAGAUAGUAAAAAAAAAGGCCUUCUUACUAGCUAGCGAUUUAGGAAGCUCACAGCUGCUUACAGUUUGAUAAAGUCUGUUUUAUAAAGGGGUUCUUUGUGCCUGACUUUCUAAAUAUCCUCUAUUUUCUAUUUUAAAUGUCAUCCUCUGACAUAAAAGAGUAGAAGCUAAGAGCUUGUCGUUUUAUAUUUGUUGCCAUUUUUAUGUUCAGUCUGCUAAAGGAACAUACAUUACAUUUCAUUUUGAGAAAAGCAAACAUUUUUUGCUACAAAUUUAUGCUUAAAAACCAUUCAUUGAUGUUUUUAGGCAGUUGUUUUAUUGAAACAUGUACGUAGAAGUUUUAGUUUUUCAAGUUUGCAUUCCUAGUCAUUCACAAGAAGAAGAAAAAAACAAAAAGAAAGUCCAAUGCUGGACUUUGAAAUGUUUAGGCGUAUGCUCGUCUUGUAUCUUUUCCCUCAAGUUUUGUGUGCUUUUGCUUCACUCUGUUCUGGAUGUUUGUGAAACAAAAACAAACAUUUGAGCUUUUUGCGUAUUUUCUCUUCUAACUGAGUCAAACCAGAGGCUGUGUGAGCAGAGGUGUGGGGUUAAGGCCGAGGACCAGGUUCUGUGUUGGGACACUCAGGAACCAAAGGAGCAACGUUUGCAGCCAACAGGAUGCCUCUCAGUCUGCGCUUCUUGAACCACAUCAUAUCGACGACUGUAGACUUUAUUGGCCAUUUUCUUGGUGGACUUCAGGGCAGAAAUAUUCUAUGCGAGUCUGUAAAGGAGCAACUAGCAAACUCAUGUACAAACUCAUCUGAUGACCAUUUCUCAUUCCUUUUCCUAAACAAAUGGGCCCCAUAAAAAUUGUUGCCUGACAACAUCAUAACCAGUUUCCUUCCUACAAAUUGCCAACUUCUAUUAAAUCUACAUUUAAUAAAGACAAUUGUAUGAUGUUGUGACAGAUAAAAGCUUAGAUCCUGACAGAAUGCGUACUUUCUUUUUGACAAUAGCUACUUUGCCAAUCAGCUCCUACAGUGUCAUAUUUGCUUCGUGAACCUAAAGUAAACAACAUCAGACCUGCUUGUUUAAAGUGCUUAAAGUGACGUGACAUGUGGCAGGACUGAUGCAUUCUGGUGAGCCGCCGCUUCUGGAUACUCAAAGUGUUGCUGUCUUGUCAGCGGCGCUGAAGUCUCUAUGCUUGUUAGGGUGAAAGGAAGUGGAAUGAAAUGCGGCUGAAGGUUGACACGUCCGUCUGACUGUCCGGCCCGGGUCGACAUGGCAGCCGAGGGAAGAUUAGUGGCGCGGACAAGCUCCCGGGGAACAACCUCUGUCUCUGUGCAUCUCUUCACACGGUAGUGAGUCUUUCAGAUUGCUUGCUGGGUUGAUUUGUAGAGCUAUAAUAAGCAUCUUGGGUUCAGUUUAUGAAAUCUGAUGAUAACCGUUGUGUUCCUAUGGUUAUUUUCCCCGACUGCCUUCUCAAAAGCAGCAUUUAUUCUCACUGCAGGAGCACCCAUCGACCUAUCCAUCCAUUCAACCUUCCUUCGCACUAUUGUUAGCCAAGAAACACCCGCCUGCCCCUCACAUCUUCCUCCAGCCUCUGUCACAGACUCAUCUGCCAUACAUCUGCUAGAAAAGGGAUUUAGUUCCGCUUAAGUUGCUUUCAUUCGGUCAGGGGGGCCCCUUACAGCAAAACACUUUUCUCUGGUUUAAGCCCCGAGCGGCACCCAAUCCUGAUGACAACUGCUUGUUUUUCUCAGUUUGGAGUCUGGACAGAUUUGUACGCGUUCUGGGGCAAACGCUGGAUUGAUUAUGUGCACUUCAUCCAAUGCUAGCUCAUGGGUAGUGAGGCAGGCUGAAGUUCUGGAGCUCUCAUUUAUGACUGCAACAGUUGUCUCUACUACAAACAGACAUUCUUCUGCAUGUAAAAAGAAAAAAAAAAUUAAUCUCUGAGGCAAUUGUAAAAAAAUUUUAUUUGCCCGAUAUUUUUUGCAAAAUUGCAGCAAAGGUAUGGUAGCUGAUUCUCUGCCACUCUUUUUUUUGUUUCUUUUGUCUUCUGUAUUUGUCUUACACAAAAAAGGGGAUCAAUAAAGAUACUGUAUAAUACACCUCCAUGUAUUAAAGCACUGCUGUAGCUCAACUGUGACUUCAUUAAACCCUGAUUAAAGCUGCUAAUAUGGGAAGCAAAUCGGACAUUAACACUUGUUCGCGGUAUUGAUCCGAUUCUCUGCUGAUGUACGCGGCUUGUUACAUACUGUGGAUCUUCCAUCAGCGUCUCCAGAGCGGAUUGAUUUAGUUUGUUUUCUCCUGCCAUUCGGAGUGGAAUUUUUCUGAAGCUCCGACAAUUAGCUGCAAGGCUGUAUUUGAUGAAGAAUAAAAACUCUGUUGAAUUUA